UGUUGAGCAGUUUGGUAAAAUGCCAAGACAGUAACUGUAUCAAGGUUUGUCUGGAGGAGUAUAUCCCUGUGUGUGGAAGCGAUUUAAGGACAUAUGGAAGUGCUUGUGAACUGGAGAAUGCACACUGUUUCUUCAAACAUCAAGGACAAACAAUUUUCAGUCUUGGACCUGGAGAAUGCUCAAAAUAUACCACUUUACCAACAACAACCAAUGAAAAAAUAACACAGAAACCAGCAACAGAAAAAUCAACCACCACCCCAAAGCAAAUUACAAUAAAACCAUCCACCACCACCAACAACAAACCUAUCAGUACCACAUAUCCAAUUCCAUCCACAACUACAUCAAAAUCAACCACCACCACUACCACACCAAAACCAAUCACCACCACCACUAUCACCCCAAAGCCAACCACAACACCCUACAUCAGAUGCCCUAAAGUCCAAUGUGCCCCUGGAGCUCAGUCUGUAUGUGCAAACAAUGGGAAAAAAUAUGCUUGUAAAGCAUUACUGGACUACGAAAACUGUAUAACGCACAGCAGGGCCACAGUGUGGAAUUGCGGAUGCUGGGAGACAAAGUGUGGGCUUUUUAAUCGACCUGUUUGUGGAAAUGAUGGAAAGACCUAUGCUUGUAGACAACAAAUGGUAUACUUUAACUGUCGUUAUGGAUCCAGAGUGUAUUACACAAGGUUAGGGGCAUGUCCAACAGCUAAACCAGGACCUACAACCCCCAAAAGUACCUCAAAUCAGUUGUCAGAAGUGGAAAAAGCUUGUGUAGAUAUUAAGAAUGGGAACUGCCAGACAACAUCUUAUGUAUGUGUAGCACCAGACUGGAGAACAUACAAUGAAUGUGAGUACUUGAAGGCUAAAUGCCAUAAUGGAGAUGGUACUCCUAUUUGGUGGCAUGGAGGAAGAUGCAUUACAAACGUGGGCAACUUAAUUGGAUAGAAAAAAUGACAUGACAUUUGUUGCAGAUCCUUUUUUCUGUUCCUUUUUGUUUGUGGCUAAAUAAAUGUCUGUUACAG